AUGAACGAUAUUUUCUUCUUAAGUUUUAUUCUCUUAUGUUUAUGUCUACCAACUAAACAAUUAAUUUGUUCAACAAAUUGUUCUAUUAUACAAGUUAAAUAUUCUGAAUCUUUCAUUGAACCUACUAAUCAUAGUUCAUGUAUUAAUAAUACAUCAAUGAUAAUUUGUAAAGGACAAAUAAUAGCUUAUUAUAAUGGUAAAACAUAUCCAAAAUAUAUUAAUUAUACUUUUGGAACAAUUGAUGAUACAUUAGAAACAAAAUAUGAAAAUGAUAUUGAUAAUUAUGGAUUAGAAAUUUUAAAAAAAUAUCAAAUUAUUGUUAAUGCAACAAAUAAUGAAGCAAUUAUUAGAGCUGAUAUUUAUUGUACAAUAAAUGAUCAAUGUGCAUUAUUCGAAUUAAAAAAAUUAUUUAUUAAAUAUAAUAAUCAAAUAAAUCCAUUUUAUGAAUUAAAAUCAUUAAUAUAUAUUGAUUUACCAUUAAAUAAUCUUUAUUGUUUUGAUAUUUCAAUUGAUAAAAUAAAACAAUGUAAUAUAACAAAUAAUAAUUCUGUUUGUAUAUCAUAUUUAAAAGAUCUUAAAUAUGAAUGUUCUUAUGCAUCAGAUAUAUAUAUGCAUGUUGAAUAUAUUAUAACAUUACCAUUUUUUUUAUUAUUAAAUCAAAUGAAUGAAUUAGUCAAAUGUAAUAAAGAUAAUUGUAAUAGUAUUGAAACAUUAAUAAAAAUUGAAAAUAUUACAAGAAGCUAUGCUUAUGGAAAUGUUAUUAUGAAAAAUAAUGCCGAGAGACAACGAACAAAAAUAAAUCAAAUUUAUUAUAUAGUUUUAUGGAUGUUUGUUUUGAUGGUCUUUUCCUUUUGA